ACUCUGGCAAGCUUUCUGUCGACGUGGGAAAGAAUCCACUUGCAAACAGAAACAUUCAUGGGUGUAGGUGGCUUCCGCGAUGAACAUCUGGACAUGCAAAUUGGAGAUAUAUGAACUGAAAUAUGUGGCUAAAACCAGAAGAAGUGCUCCUGAAGAAUGCAUUGAAACUAUGGGUGACGGAAACAUCAAAUGAUUAUUUCGUUUUGCAAAGGAGACGAGGGUAUGGAGAGGGAGGAGGUGGCUUGACAGGCCUCCUGGUGGGGACUCUGGACACGGUCCUGGACUCCACAGCCAAGGUGGCUCCCUUCCGCAUCCUCCAUCAGACGCCGGACUCCCAGGUCUACUGGUCAGUAGCAUGUGGUGCCACAAAAGAAGAGAUCAGCCAGCACUGGGAGUGGCUCCAGCAGAAUGUCAUGAGGACUCUGUCUGUCUUUGACUCCAGUGAAGACAUCACCAGCUUUGUCCAGGGCAAGAUCCGAGGUCUAAUUGCGGAGGAGGGGAAGGCCUCCCUGGUGCUGGAGGACGACCCGGAGAAGUUCCGAGAAGCGUUGCUGAGAUUUGAGAAGUGGUUCGGCCUUCCGGAAAAAGAAAAGUUGGUGACCUACUACUCCUGCAGCUACUGGAGGGGCCGGGUUCCCUGUCAAGGCUGGCUCUACCUCAGCACCAACUUUCUCAGCUUCUACUCCUACCUCCUGGGGGCUGAGGUGAAAUUCAUAAUUUCAUGGGCUGAGAUCUGGAAGCUGGAGAAGACGACCAACGUGAUCCUGGCAGAGAGCAUCCACGUGGUGGCGCACGGCGAAGAUCAUUACUUCUCCAUGUUCCUGCACCUCCACGAGACCUUCCUUCUCAUGGAGCAGCUCGCCGACUACGCCAUCAAGAGGCUGUUUGACAAGGAGACUUUCCAGGGUGACCCUGCUCUCGGAGACCCAUUGCAGAUCACCAAGAGGGGCCUGGAGACGCGGGCGCGGAACGAGCAGUUCAGGGCCUUCUUCCGGCUGCCGCGGGAGGAGAACCUGCUGGAGGUGUACGAGGGCUUCCUGUGGGUGCCCUUCAGCCACUUCAACACGCUGGGCAAGAUCUGCGUCUCCGAGGGCUACCUGUGCUUCGCCAGCCAGGACGGCAGCCAGUGCUACGUCAUCAUCCCCGUCAGAGAGGUAGUCAGCGUUGAGAAACCGGACAGCUCCAGCAGGGCGGUGACCGUGUGUGUUCGUGGAAAGCGAGCGCUGCGCUUUUCUGAGGUCCGGGACUACGAGCGCCUGGCCAAUGGGAUUCGCAGGAGGUGCGGGGCUGUGGCCAGCCCCCAGCAUGUAGCAGGGGGAGAGGUGUCCGGAGAGGCCUGUCAGGCCCUCAUCGAGCACUUUGAGGACAACCCAGAGGAAGUGACCUUGAUGGUGGGACAGAAAAGCAGUGGCCAAGCUGUCAGCACCGAGGCGCUCAUGACUGUCUUCCACCCCCAGGAUGCAGAAAACCUCGACCCUAAAAUGCUGAAGGAGAAGAUGAAGGAACAGUCCUGGAACAUUCACUUUGCGGAAUAUGGACGCGGGACGAGCAUGUUCCGUACCAAGAAGACGCGGGACCUGAUCGUGCGUGGAGUCCCAGAGGCCCUGAGGGGAGAGCUGUGGCUGCUCUUUUCAGGUGCGGUGAACGACAUGGCCACUCACCCGGGUUACUACUCGGAGCUGGUGGAGCAGUCGCUGGGCACGAGCACCCUGGCCACCGACGAGAUCGAGAGGGACCUGCACCGCUCCCUGCCGGACCACCCGGCCUUCCAGAGCGACACCGGCAUCUCCGCCCUGCGCCGGGUCCUCACCGCCUACGCCUACCGCAACCCCAAGAUCGGCUACUGCCAGGCCAUGAACAUCCUCACUUCCGUCCUGCUGCUCUACGCCAAAGAGGAGGAGGCGUUCUGGCUGCUGGUGGCUGUCUGCGAGAGGAUGCUGCCCGAUUACUUCAACCGCAGGAUUAUAGGUGCCCUGGUGGACCAAGCGGUGUUCGAGGAGCUGAUCCGGGACCAGCUGUCCCAGCUGACGGAGCACAUGACGGACAUGACCUUCUUCUCUUCGGUGUCCCUGUCCUGGUUCCUGACCUUAUUCAUCAGCGUCCUGCCCAUCGAGAGCGCCGUCAACGUGGUGGACUGUUUCUUCUACGACGGGAUCAAAGCCAUCCUGCAGCUGGGCCUGGCUGUGCUCGACUACAACAUGGACCACCUGCUAAGUUGCCGUGAUGAUGCAGAGGCUGUCACAAUCCUCAACAAGUUUUUCGACAGCGUGACCAACAAAGACAGCCCCCUGCCCCCCACCGUGCAGCAGGCCCCCGUGGGGAACAACGACAGGACGUCGCACGCCAAGGUGGACAUCAUCGACCUCAUCCGCGAAGCCUACGAGAAAUACGGGGACAUCCGAUCGGAGGACGUGGAGAGCAUGAGGAGGAGAAACAAACUGUACGUGAUCCAGACUUUAGAGGAUACCACCAAGCAGAAUGUUCUAAGGGUCGUGUCUCAGGAAGUGAAAUUCAGUGCUGCCCAUCUAGAAGACCUUUAUGCGCUGUUUAAGAGGCAGCAUUUUCUCAGCUGCUAUUGGACAAUGAACAGCCCGGUACUCUUGCACCAUGACCCUAGCCUGGCCUAUCUGGAGCAGUACCAGCUGGGCCAAAGGCAGUUCCGCACACUCUUCUCCCUCCUGGCACCCUGGACCCACUGUGCCAACCAGGACGACCUCUCCCUUUGGGCCUUCCGACUGCUGGAUGAGAACCAGGACGGUUUGGUGAACUUCAAGGAGUUCUGCUGCGGCCUGGAUGUGCUAUCAAGUGGGUCUUUUACAGACAAGCUGAAGUUUAUCUUUAAGUUGCAUCUACCACCAGCUUUCACAGAGGUAGAGACAGGGAGCCCUGUCCUCUCAGAGGUUCACAGACUGUCCCACUUUAGUCCAUUGAGCGACAGCCUCUCCCACCUCAGUGGACUGACUGUGUCCUCCCUUGAUGUUUCUGAAGAUGGGGUCAUUAGGAAAAGUCCAGAAAGAGGCCGAGGGAAAGUGGAUCUGCAGGCAUACCUGAGGCAGUGGCAGGAUGAGUUACUGAAGAAAGAGGAGAGCAUUAAGGAUUUACCCAGAAUUAACCAGGGUCAGUUCAUUCAGUUUUCAAAGACCCUGUACAACCUGUUUCAUGGCGACAUGGAGGAGGAGUCUCUAUACCGGGCUGUUGCCCGUGUCACCAGCCUCCUGCUUAGGAUGGAAGAGGUGGGCCGCAAGCUGCAGCAGUCUCCCCCGGUGCAGGUUCUGGCAGAUGGGGAGGUCCCCAAGAGGCCCGACAGCUCCGGCGAAACCCUCAUCCCCCCCGGUGAGCCGGAUACCGCGUCCGGCCCGGAGGAAGUGGAGUGGUCCUUCGCCUUUGAGCAGAUCCUGGCCUCGCUCCUCAAUGAGCCAGAUCUGGUGCGCUUCUUCGAGAAGCCCGUGGACAUUCAGGCUAAACUGGAGUAUGCCAAGAGCACUCAGCUGAAGGCUCAAGCAAACCAGUAAAGCUAACUCUCUCUAAACUCCCUUAUUAAAGCCAUAAGGUCUCUACACUUUCAUGCUUUAUGUUUGGCCAUGGAGUGGGUGCAGGAUCAGGCCCCAUUCUCCAAGUGUUCUCCCCCAAACACUUUUCUGAGGGAGGACUGGAGCAAAAGAAAGCAUUCGCAUUGGAACCAUAAGGGAUUGGCUAUUUCUGCUAUUGAUUUCCUGUUGAUACACCAGCCAGUCUGAUAAAGCACUUGCCACCGUUUACUUGACUGAUUUGUGUGUUUGUUUAGCCUUAAGUUUUAAAAGUUAAUCUUGAUAACACCAGCUUUGCAAGUGGAGAUGUCUGAAGUCCAUUGUGACGUUUUUUCUUAAAAUGGUUCUCCUUAAAGCUCACAUAGGGCAUUUCAGGGAAAGGGAUUCUUUAGCAUGGUAGAAUGCUUUGGCAUAUGUUGUGUGUUGACAACAAUUAAAGGGAAUAUAAAUGGAUUUCUCUUCAUAUCCAUAUGAAAAACAGUUGCUAUAUUUGCAAAUUUCUUGCAUGAGAGAUGGGAAGCAGCUAUUUGUUUUAUUAUUAGAAGUGGGAGGACUGAAAUGUGUGUCUGUCAUUUUUGACAGCUGGGUCCUGCCUUACGAACAUUUUUGUUUUUAAAUCUGAAAGCAAAUUGUGGUGUUGGAUAUAAAUGUGCACAGCAUUUGAGAAUGCUGAGUUGCAACAUGUACCUGUUGGCUUUUGAAAAAUCAUUGAUCAAUGUGAUAAUCUGUGCUCUUAAUUAUGCUGAUGACAAAAGUUAGCUCAGAAGGUUAUGGCACAAAAUCACUUUUCAUUCUCUGAAUAAUUUUCUAUAAUGGACACAACAAGGAUUAUUGCAUUCAUUUUCACUUGCAAACAGUGGGACAUUUCUGCUAAUUUAUCAGGAGAGGGCAGUGCUGCUCCGAAGGGAUGCAUUGUUGAUAUUGUCAGACUUGGUCUGUUAGAAACGGUAUCAUAAUUUCUUUUGAUGCUUUGCUGAUUUUUCAUGCAUGAAUGCACAUUUAAGUAAUGUGCUCUUUUUGUGUUCAUAGAGUGUGAACACUUUUUAUUGUAAUGUUUUUUGUAUGAUUUAGUUUAUUUCUAGAGGGGCACAGAGAUUGCUUUAUGAAAUGAAUGCUGUAAUUUUUGUCAGUUCUUUAUAUUGCAGUUUUGACUUAAAUUUGUGCAGUAGAGGUGUGGACAGUUCAAAACACAUUCAAACUGAAAUGAGACUAUAUUUGAGUCUUGUAUGUCUCGGAGUAUGCAUUGUUAUAUUUAUGUUGUACUGUAUGUCAGACAAAAUUAAGUAAUCUUGACAUACCUGUAAUGCAUAAAUACAUGAUAUACCAACUGUAAA